UUUUCUUUCGCCUUUUUUCCCUUCCCCGUCAUCCCGAGACUUUUAUCGACAUGGAAAAGACGAGCUUGAUUCGUGAAAGCUUGUAUGUGUACCGCUAUUACGUAGGACUGGUCACAGCAGCGACUAUCAUUUGCGGCCAAGUUUACCGACGUUAUUUCGCUGUGCCAAAACAGCUCAGACACAUACCGGCCAUAAGUUAUUGGAAACACAUAUAUUCCUUGGUGAAGAAAGAGCCUAUGGUACCUCGGACACAGCGACUUGUUUUUCCGCUACUUCCAAAAGCUAACGGCCUUUAUCUCAACAAAAUGCCCUUUGACUGGACAAUUUAUGUCGCAAAUCCGCUCUUGGCCAAAACUGUUUUGUUCAAGCCAGAAUACGCUACCAAGACAACGUUUCUCAUGGAUUAUUUUGCGGAGGACAGCCCGAUUAUGCAUUUUUCAGGAAAAGAUAACAUCGCUAUAGUCAAUGGUGAACAAUGGAAAGAGCAGCGAAAGAUUAUGAACCCUGCCUUUCAUCGCUCGAUGCCUGUGGGUGUAUUUGGAAGUCUGAUGCCCAGCGUAUUCGAUUUGAUUGAAAAGAUGCAAACAUCAAGCAACGCCACCGGCGCUGAGGAGGGAGUGUCAGUCAUCAAGUUGACGCGUCGUUUGACUCUUGAUGCCUUGGGAAAAGCUGCAUUCGAUUUCGAUUUUUGUGCACUCAUCGAUGAAAAUUCUGUAUGGGUCAAAACAUACAAUCAAGUAUUGGAAUCCUUUUUGGAAGUCAUCCCUACCUUUUUUCCAAAUGUAGAUCGUAUCUAUCGAUAUUUGAGUCCAAAGAGACGGGAGCGAUACAGUGCCGCGUUUAGACUGGUUGCGUUGCUAGAUGAUUUGGCGGACAAAAAGCGUCAAACUUUAGAAAGCCAAAAGUCCAAGUUGGAUGAGAUUCCUCAAAGUGAAAAAGACCUACUUACACUGAUGCUGGAAGCUGAAAUGCGUGGUGAAGGAGCAUGGACAAAAGAAGAACUACGGCAUAACAUGGCAAUUUUCUUUCUUGCAGGCCACGAUACGACAAGUAAUUCGCUAGCCUUCUGUUUGUAUUACCUUGCUGUCAAUCAAGAUAUUCAAACAAAAGCGCGGGAGGAAACUCUACAAGUUCUGGGGAAAGAGCCAAUGGAUAUUUUUCCAACAUUGGACGACUGCAAAAAGUUUUCGUAUCUCGACAUGUGUAUUAAGGAAGGAUUACGACUGCAACCGCCUGCGAACGAAAUUACUGCACGCGUUGUAUCCAAGGAUUUAGACCUGGGAGGAAUACUGAUUCCCAAGGGAAGCAUGCUGAACGUAGACAUCCAAGCACUGCACUACCGCCCAGAUCUAUGGCAUGAUCCCGAGAAAUUUAUUCCUGAACGAUUUGCUGAAGGUGGUGAACAUGAUUCCCACGAAGGAAUGACGUACGCUCCCUUUUCCGGCGGAUCAAGACAAUGCAUUGGCAUUAACUUUAGUAUGAUGGAACAGCGAGUGAUCUUAUCAAUGUUAUUGAGAAAAUACGAGUGGCAGCUCCCCGCUAACUCAAUCCAUCGAAGCGGUCUCGUAAUGGAUCAGACAUUUAAUUUGGCACCGGAAUCCCUUAAGAUAAAGUUCAAGAAGCGAUAUUAACUAGGAGGAGUGCAAUCAAGCAUUGAGCUUUGCAGUACAUGUUAAUUAUAAUUAUGUGUAUAUUAUGGAAAUAUAAAUAUGGGUAAAUAAAACAGCUUAUGGAUGUAAAG